AUGGGACAAGAACAAGAACAUCUGGUUAAUACAAAAGUUGAAAGAACUCUUGAUCUUGUUUCACAUUUACCUAAAGAAAUUAUUAGUGUAACAUUUGAAAAUCGUGGAACAAAAUCUGCACGUUAUUAUGAUUAUUGUGUUGAACCACAACAUGUCAAUGAUGUUGGUUAUGUUGGAGCAAUUGUCAGAGGAAAAAAUAGUGGCGAUCAAACUAAUUUACCAAUUAAACAGGAAACUACUGAUAAAACUAAAGGAACUAUUUAUCGUAUUGAAUUACCGAAUGAUCUUCGUUCUAGUCAAACUAUAACACUUGAGAUAGAAGUUGUUCAUAUAAAUGCUCUUCGUCUGUUGCCAACAGAAAUUGUACAACAUGAACGACAAUUAGUAUUAUAUAAAACCAAUGCUUAUUAUUAUUCAAAAUAUUCAACUCAAACACAAAAAACUAUUGUAACAUUACCAACUGACCGUGCUGAAUCAUAUACGCAAGCACCAAAACCUGUUGCGAAAAAUGAACAAACAAUAACAUAUGGUCCAUAUGAAAAUGUAGCUGCAUUAACACGAAAUGAAAUAUCAUUACAUUAUGAAAAUAAUAAUCCAUUUCUAACUGUUAAUAAUAUGAAACGUUGGAUUGAAGUAUCACAUUGGGGAAAUAUUGCUGUUGAAGAAACAAUUGAAAUGUAUCACAGUGGUGCUAAAUUAAAAGGACCUUUUUCAAGACUUGAUUUUCAACGUCAACAAAACAGUUACUCAGCUGUUAAAACAUUUAAAACAUCAUUACCUGCAGCAGCCAAAGAUAUUUAUUAUCGCGAUGAAAUUGGUAAUGUAUCAACAAGUUCUGUACGAGAAAUGCAUGAUCAAGUUGAAAUUGAAAUUCGUCCUCGUUUUCCACUCUAUGGCGGUUGGAAUACUUACUAUGUACUUGGUUAUAACGUUCCAUCAUAUCAAUAUCUUUUUAAUAAGGGAAAUCAAUAUGUACUUAAAAUGCGUCUUAUCGAUCAUGUUUACGAUGAUCAAUUACUUGAACAAGUUACUAUUAAAAUUGUUUUACCUGAAUAUGUACAUAAUAUUGAAUUUUAUCCAUCAAUGCAUGAUACUGAUAUAAAACGUCUACGUAAUGAAAAACAUUAUACAUAUUUAGAUACAAUUGGUCGUUCAGUCAUUGUUAUAACUAAACGUAAUGCAUUAUUUCAACAUAUACAAGAUUUUGAAAUACAUUAUACAUUUGAUAAAAUAAUGUUAUUACAUGAACCUAUGUUAAUUAUAUUCUCAUUAUUUGGUUUAUUUUGUUUUGUUAUUAUUUUAAAUCGAUUGAAUUUUUCUAUUAAUCACGAAGAAAAUAAUGAAAUACGUAUACGUAUUAAAGGCAUAUGGAAUCAACUUAUGGAACAUAAUAUAAAACGUACAAGUUUCUAUCAAAAAUUAGAUGAAUUAUUAAAUACAUUUAAAACAAAUAAAGAUUUGAAAAUUUAUAAUGAACAACGUAAAAAAUUUGAAAAUGAACUUAAACGUAUUGAACAAAAUUUCAAUAAUUUACAAACAAAAAUCAAAGCCGAUAGUGUUGAAACAGCUGAAAAAAUUGCAGAAUUUCAACAACUUGAUGCAGAACAACGUAAAAUUACACAAUUAUUAUGUGGUAAUACUGAAAAACUUGUUAAUGGUAAAAUAAAAAAACAAGCUCAUGGUGAUGAAGAACAAAAUUUACGCCUUAAAAUACGUGAUAUAAAUACACGUAUAUCAACAAUUCUCAAUCAAUACUAA